UCCCCUCUCUCUACAUGGACGCAAAUGCUAUAAGGUCCGCCACGAUAAAAAAGCUGCCAGCAACGGACAUCUUUUAGGCUCAGCCGACUCACAGUCCUGUCUCCGGGAAAGCCCGCAGCCGCUGGCAAUGUUUCUAAAGCUCUGUCUCUUUUCACUGCUAGCUACUUCGCUUGCUGCCACUCAAGAAGCCAGCAAAAAAUUUCAUCGCGAACAACAGAAGUCCGAUGCGAAAGAAAAGAGAGAAGGUUGCUGCUCGGAUAUGGAAAUGAUUUCCACCGAAGAGCUGAAGUGGGGGAAAGGGAUGCUUCGAAGCAUUCACCUCGCCAACGAAGCAGUCAAGAAACUUCCACAGAAUGCCUUCUACAGCGAUCACACGGUGUGCUUCGACAAGGUCGGUUGCUUCGAUCGCCUAGGCGGAAAAUUUUCCCAUUUUGUCUCCAGUCCGAAGUCGCCGGAAGUCAUUGGGACGAAAUUCCUGCUCCACUCUCGACUUAACAAGGAUACUCCGGUGCUGUUAGACUACGCUGACAACGCCACGCUCGACGUCGCUCACUUCAACGAAACCAAGGAACUGGUCUUUGUGAUCCACGGCUUCGGCGCUUCAGCGGAAAAGAAUUGGGUGAUCAAGCUGAAGGAAGCCUUCUUGAAUCUGAAUGAUGUGAACGUGGUACUGGUCGACUGGAGGAACGGCAGUAAGUCGCCAGACUACGUCUCCGCGGCAGCAAACACUGCUUUGGUAGGGCGCCAGAUCUCCUUGCUGAUCCAAGAACUCAUACGUUCUCAUCCGGACACCAUGAACGCCACACAAGUAUACCUGGUCGGCUACAGUCUUGGCGCACAGGUUGCCGGAUUCUGCGGACGUCAUUUCUUCAACGCGACGGGAACCAAAAUUGGGCGCAUCACCGCGUUAGACGCAGCCGGACCACUUUUCGAGUCCUAUGAAUUCCAAGUGUGCAAGGAGGACGCAUCAUACGUAGACGCCAUCCACACGACAGCCGGGAGCAACGUUCUUGCAGGACUGCUGGGCAUAGAGAGCCCCUUCGGCCAUGUUAACUUCUAUCCAAACGGUGGAAGGUCGCAGCCAGGUUGCUGGUUUUUCGAUGUGCUUUGCCAUCACCGCCGCUCAGUACAGUAUUUCAUGGAGUCCAUACAUGAGAACCGACAUUGCCUAUUCAAGUCGAACCCUUGUGAAAGCAUUGACAGCUUUCUGGAUUCGAAGUGCAAUUCUACGGGACCUCAUGGCGAAAUGGGUUACUUCAGCGACAGUGCCGAAGGUCGUGGAGCCCAGUUCCUGUGGACCAACGGAAACAACCCCUUCUGUAAGGCGUGAAGCAACAUUGCAUGUUCUAAAGCAGCACGGUCUCAUGCAGGGCGAAGCUAUAUAUAGCUACUAAAGUGAUACCACUAACCGUCCCAGUGGCAUAGUGCGGCAGAGAUUGCAGAUGCACGCACGUACCAGAGAAGCUGCACAUUGCAUUUCUUCGCCUUGUAAUCAUGUGUGAAAUAAACAUCGUCAACA